UUCUAGUUGAAUAACCAACUGUACAUGGAAAUCGACGUGGCCGAUAAUUGAAAAGCUUUUCUGUGUUACUCGAAGAUAGCUUAUUCACGCGACUCGUCCUUUCGAAAGCUUUUCCAAUAUCGAACAAAACGCGUCCAAAGAGAUCUAUCGUCGUUCGUUUCCUUUUCUAUCUAAAUAAAAUUCUAUCCGUUCGAAACGAAACGUGGGACUCGUUUUGGUCUCGAAGAUCGCUGUCGUCGUUCUGACGUAAACGAGACGAGACAUCCGAUCAACGAGUACGGCUCGUGCAACACGAUUUUCCGUGUACGUAUAACGCUAAGAGAGAAUCGCGUACGACGUAGACGACUACGUCGAGAAUCGAGCAGCAGUGGCGUAUAACGCGGUGAUCUCGAAAUAGCACCGCCUUUAUUCCCCGCUACCCCGUCCGUCUUUCUAUGACGCCUUUUCGGGUCGCGCUUAGUUACCACCUCUCGAGGGGAGAGCUGGUACGACCCAGUCGUAAGCAACGCGAUAAAGCAACGACAUGUGCGCCGAUCAACCGCGGACCGACUGCUCGAUAUACGACGCGUGUGCCCGUCCGCGGGACAUUCCUCGAUAAUUUUCAUACGUUUCCAACACCGGCAACCAGAGGACUAUGACCUGAAUCAUCAAGACUGACUCCCCUAUCCGGCCAGUCGUGAUCACCGAUUUGGGAUCGGACGCAACUUUUACUACGAAUCCUUACCGAGAAGACUGACCAACGCGACGUCUGUGUUCCAUGAAGAAUAAAAGAAGAUUACCUGCGAAUUUUGAGAGGCUCAAAGGAAUAGAGAACUUGGAACUUGAAACAGACUGACGGAAAUAGAAAAUACUUUGCACGUUCAUUAAUUCUUCGAAGAAACGUGCAUUUAUCUUAGACUGGCUAGUAUUAAUUUUUAUUUCUACUAAGAUCGUGGAUGACGUAUUCGUCAGCUGAACCGACUGAUCGUACCGGAGAGUAUCGUCUGCUUCCAGGUAUAUUUGCUCCGCCACUCUACGUUGCUCCAUAUUUAUAUCGUGCUAAUUAUACCUUGCUCCUACUGGCCUAUGGUUUUGUCACCUUUACGAGUUAGCAGCUGCUUGCGUGAUUCGAUGGUUCAAAGUUCGUCUUUCCUGCUGUGUAACCGUCCUAGAGAGACCGAUCUGUUGAUCGCGACGUUGAUAUCGUAUCGAUCCGAUUCGAAGGGACUCGAUCGAAGGUGAAACCAUCACGGUGUACAACGACCGACUGUCGUACAAUUCUUUCUUUAUACGAAACGCAGGAACGAUACAAGAGUUUCCGAAAUCGUUUCGAAUGCAGUAAGACACGGCUGUUCUGAAAAUAGACCCGGGGUAGAGGCGCAGUAUCGCAGAAUCGCCGUCUGUUCCGCGAACAACUAUGCGAUAUAUACGUAAGGAUUUGUGAAAUCCCGCUCUGAAAAUAUACUCUCGAUAAAGUUGCGUUUUAAUCACUUUCCUGAAACAAUUGCGUAACCUGUUCGCUUGAAUUCAGAAAAGAAAAAGAACAAAAGCAGACGGAUUAGAAUCGGUGAGAAGGAACGAAGAGGAAUUUGCCGAGGCGCUUUUCCAUCUCUCGCGAAGUAACCCUAUUCGCUUAAAUUCGGAAAAGAAGAAAAACGCAGACGGAUUAGAAUCGGUGAUAAGGAACGAAGAGGAAUUUGCCGAGGCGCUUUUCCAUCUCUCGCGAAGUAACCCUAUUCGCUUAAAUUCGGAAAAGAAGAAAAACGCAGACGGAUUAGAAUCGGUGAUAAGGAACGAAGAGGAAUUUGCCGAGGCGCUUUUCCAUCUCUCGCGAAGUAACCAGUUUGCUUAAAUUCGGAAAAGAAGAAAAACGCAGACGGAUUAGAAUCGGUGAUAAGGAACGAAGAGGAAUUUGCCGAGGCGCUUUCCAUCUCUCGCGAAGUAACCCUAUUCGCUUAAAUUCGGAAAAGAAGAAAAACGCAGACGGAUUAGAAUCGGUGAUAAGGAACGAAGAGGAAUUUGCCGAGGCGCUUUUCCAUCUCUCGCGAAGUAACCCUAUUCGCUUAAAUUCGGAAAAGAAGAAAAACGCAGACGGAUUAGAAUCGGUGAUAAGGAACGAAGAGGAAUUUGCCGAGGCGCUUUUCCAUCUCUCGCGAAGUAACCAGUUUGCUUAAAUUCGGAAAAGAAGAAAAACGCAGACGGAUUAGAAUCGGUGAUAAGGAACGAAGAGGAAUUUGCCGAGGCGCUUUUCCAUCUCUCGCGAAGAGAUCGAAGGAUUUGAAUCCGAUGAGCCGGGGAACGAUAGCCGGGAAAGAAGGUCGGAUUCUCUUCGCCACGGAGGGAAGAAACAAUUGGCCGAAUGCUUUUUUGCUACGGUAUCGUUUGAACGAGCGGAGCGACGAUGUUUUGCGCUGGAUCACAGCGUGGAGAAGGCUGAGGAAAAAGUUACGACAUGUAUGGCCGGCAAGGCAACUCGAUUAACUCGCAACCACCGCCAUGGCUGGUGCGCGCAGAAGUCACGAUUCAUCACGGUGCACCGGUCACCUCGGAAUCCGGUCAGGUACCAGUAAGUAUGUCCUCGACCGUCACGGAUUCGAACGGCGUUCGUAUGAUAUACCGAUGGAACACCGACCAAUCGUCACCGUCUACGGUUCCAGCCACCGCGUCGAUCCCGUCCCCUUCGUCGUCGAGUUCGUUCGGUUUCCAACGAGGGAACAUACUCUUCACCUCGACCCCCCCACCCAGACCGACGCCCAGAUCGUUCACGAUCCCGAGAUCGUCGGGUCUGUCGGAGAACGAGUCGUCGUCCCGAGGACGAGGAGCGAACGUGUCCGAUUCCGGCUACAACAGCGAGCAAUUCUCCUCGCAGUCUUACUCGAGCCUGCCUUCCCGUCGACCAUCGCAACAGUACAAUCGUCGGUGCCGAAGCACCUGCAGCAUCGUCCUGUCCGCCGUAAACACGGAGGACAGCGUUUCGAGGAAAGAGAGCAGCAGCGAAUCGAUCAGACACACAUACGACAAUUCUUGGCGACAUCAUUCCUCGUCGCGUCAACACGUGUUCACACGCCACCAGUUCAGCACGGUACCGGAAGUCUGCGAGGAGUCCACCGACGGGAACAAUACUUCGAGCGCGUACAGCACUCAUUUCUGCGGUCGGCUGAAGGAUAAACUCAGCAGCGAAUCGACGACCGUUAGCAAAGACGCUUCAUCGCAAACCACCGACGUCGAAUCCCAGGAAUCAACGUCGACGAUCGUCAGCAAGAGUACAACGAGAAGGAAGACGACCGGUGGUCUCCGAAGUUCCAACGAGCAGAAAACGAAACAGCAAGAGAGUCGAUCGCCAACCACUGGUUCCGAGACCACCGGUGUAUUUCCUUCAGCCGAUUCGGAGAAGUCCGAUUCCUCCGCCAAGGACGAAAGCGCGAAACGUAAAUCGCGAACGGUGCACAUCGACGUCUAUUGUACCGGAUCGGACGACGAUGAAAACUCUGAUACCUCCAGCGAGAACGACCGCGAAACGCCGAUGACCGUUUUCGAGAAUCCAGACGUGAAGGUCGUUCACACUCAAGCCCCGGAUAAUGUAUUACCCCGAGGAUUUCAGGACGACAAUGCCUUUAUGAAACGCGCCACUGAACGACGCUGCGACAGUUUCAAAAACGCCCCCAUGAGGAUGCCUUCCAUAGCUAGCUCGAAGGGAUACGACAGCGACGACGUUCUCAGCUCUCUCUAUCCCUCGCAGUUCAGCUCGUACAGCGCUCUUCGUGACUUGGAUUCGGCGCCUUGGUCCGCCGCGUCCUCCAACGCUGGCAUUCCGUUCGACUACGACUCGACCGUCGCUACUUCACCGAAGGAUACCUUCUCCGAUAUAGACUCUCUGAUAAACAGUAGGAUAGCUUUAACGCCGUGCGACAGCUUCGAAUACGCCAGCUCCACCGACCGCGAGAGGAUACGAAGGAUGGAGGAGAUCUGGUCGAAAUCCGAAUGGCCGAUCGAACGGGAACACCUGUUGCGGAAUCGAAGGACGAGGGAACAUCCAGGGAUACGUGAAACCGAAUGGUCGUCCGCGGACAGCGGCGAAGAUUCCGACGAGAGCGGUACGGUCGGUUGGAGUUUCGUGUCCAGCGAGGAAAGCCAGAGAAUGACUAAGAAAACCUCGACCAUUCGACGAACAAGCAAAAGCGGCGAGUGUACAGAGAAGAAUGUACCAGUGGAAAAGGAAACUGUACAGAGAGGUUUGCAGCAAGACCAGUCUGAUUCCACGACACGUAGCGACAGUAUUCCUCAUCCGUAUGCUUUUCGCGACCAAGUUGGACCGUUCGUUUCGAACAGUCCGUCCCCGCUUCCGUCUAAAGUACCUUCGCGAGUUACCUCGCCGUUUAUGACGCCGCAAGGCGAGAGAACUAAUCAUAUAUUGAAAGCGUCGAUAUUUGGCUCGGUGGUGAACGCGUUUCGAAAACCGGGACAUCAUAUCGGACCAUCGAAAAAUCCCUCCUGUGCCUGCGAGCAUUGUAGGAGACAUUUCGAGGAACUGAAUUCCCGAGAACGUUCCAGUUCUGUAAGCGAUUUCGAACGACAAACGGGAUUUCGCUUACAGAGCGAGAAACAUAUCGUUCGUCCGAUCCCUAAAAAAUAGAGAUUCUUGAGAUUUCAAAGCUCUCUUUUUUAAAUACAUAUAUAUUAUAGUAUUUCUUGGUUUCGUAACGAGACUGUUAAAAAUAUUGUGAGAUUGUGUUAUGUAAUUAAUUAAACGCGUGUGUUUAAGUUAUAUAUUUAUUAAUUAAAACAUCGUAUUCCAUGUCGGUCACUUUUUUUUUUAAAUUCAUAAAGAGAUCUGUUAAAACAUUCUGCUAAGUAUCGAGCAUUUAUGUAAGCUAACAGAUACAUAUGAUAUUCAUGCUGUUCACGUUAAUAAAUAUUGAUUAUGUUAGUAA